AUGGCUGACUUUGACCGCAAGAAUGGACCAUUAUGGCAGGAAGAACAAGAAUUUAUAUGUAAAAGCAUCCUACCAUACCUUGAGAAAAUGUGGAACGAUUCCAGCUCCAGAUUGAAAACCUACGAGGCUUUUGCUGUAAUAAGCUUCAGUAGAAGCAGUCCUAAAGUAGUCCAGGCGACCCUAAGGCUAUUUUCGCGUCUGAUGUUCGCUGAAUACAAUCUUAAAAAUGAUGACAUGGUCAGUAUGGUCGACAUCUUGAUUGUUUUGGAAGAAGUGCGUGUAAGGUUAUCUAUAACGUCUCCUGUUGCAUUCAUUGGAAAGCAAGGAUACAAUCAGAGAAAACUUUGGAUUUCCCUUUACACUCUAAUGCUGACCGUGAUGGCUAUCCAGAAAAGCAGAGGCCGACUUUGUGUUAAUGUCAUCACGAUUAGAAAGAUGUUGUCAGAUCUGCAGGGGUACUUGAAAAAAUAUUGCGACCGCCAGGAUGAAACUGGAUUGAAAUGUUCUCUGGAAAUCGUUGACAAAUGCAUCACUUUCAUAUUAUCAUUAAAGUGCCCAAAGAAAGACAAAAUCAAUAGAAGGGUGAAACGGUUGUUGAAUGAAUGUCAAGAAAAGGAGAAUUAUGAGAACAUCAUUGAUAUUGAAAUAAAACGAGCCGGACGCAACAUCAAGAAGAACUGGUUUGUACCUCACUGUGUUAUAUUCUACCUUUUUGGAGAGGUAAGCUUGUAUUGCCCGUGUAUAGCGUAUAACCUUUUUCUUAAUUUGUAUCUUUUAAUUGCAGCUCAGUUCCGUCCUACUAUCCUAGACAAGAUUUUUGAGACAUUCUUAACGUCCUUGGCUUUAUGAAAAAAACUCUUUUUCAUGAAGUAAAUCAUAUACAUGAUGCAUGGACUUCUCACUCCUCACCUCUAAAUCAAUGCUGACACAGGGCUGGGUCAAUUGCUCUUCCCUGUGUUGAAUAGUACACGCACUCUCAUAGGUCAAUAUCUGUGUUUAGAUAAUAACCCAAGUUAUUCACGGAUUUUGAUUGGUUCUUGCCUAUGAUCUAUUAGAGGACAGACGCACGAUUGACGUCACCAUCAGCUUUUAUGCGAAUAAAGUUUAAUUCUUUAUUAUAUAAAACAAAUAGAUUCCAUGUUGCCCGUGGAUCUGUUCAGUAAUAGAUCACAGAAGACGUCAAAAUGUGGUAAGAACAUCAGUGACACACUGGGCUAUCGCCUCGUGUGCCACUUUUUUGUUCUUACCACAUUUUGACGUCAUCUGUAUUACUGAACAGACGCACGGCAACAUGGAAUCUAUUUGUUAAUUAGAUAAGAGUAUGUUAACACGGUUGUGACAUCACGCAAAUCGUGAUUGGUAUGUGUUGUCAGACGCGCUUCUUGAUUGGCUGGAAGGAAAAAUGAGCGUGUAUUAGGAUAGUACGCGCACUCUUGGCUGGUAGGAAAUAUGAGCGUGUAUCAAGAAAAUCUGCUUUAAUCAAAAAGUUAAAACCAGCAUUUUACUUUAUAUGUCGAAUUAUUUUUGAGAAAUAUUUUAUAAAAGAAAUAAAGGACUUUUUUCUGUGUUUAUAUCGGACUCAUCUAAACACUCGGGAGAAUUCGAGACAGUUAUGCAAACCCGAGAAUUCUCCCAACUCCCCCUCGAGUUAUGUAAACACAGAAAAAGUCCUCUAUGGCUUAAAUGUAGUAACUGCAGUUCCGUAUGUAAUAGCUGAAGUACGUGUACAGUUGCUGUAUUAGCUGUAGUAGGUGUAGUACCUUAUUACAUGAAAUUUUGACGACACGUUAAUUUAGCGAUUUUGAAAAAUCCGGAUUUAGCGACACAUUAAUUUAGCGAUUUUUCGUAAAUUUUGGAACAUAAGUCACUUAAUUUUUGCGAUUUUGCAAACCGGAAACUUUCUGGCGAAUUAAGGUAUUCAAAACUUUUACGACGACAAUAGAACAUUAAAAUUAUUAAUCGUUUGUGUCAUGAUGUAGUUACUUGGCGAUUCAUAUCACAAGUGACCACAUCGUGAGACAAACAAUAAUACCUUGAUUAUUAUUAUUGUACUUUACCAUAGGCGUACGAGACGGGGGGGAAAUUUUUCGGGCAAAACGCUCUUGAUUCGGGCAGCGACACUCUGGAGAGAACAUUAUAAAAUAACUGAUGGCUGUUGCCGUGAUUUCCAAAAGUCGUAAAUAAAGUUUCUAGUUAGUUACUUUUUAGAUGAUUAGAUACCCGAAAGUGGUUUCUUUCUUGAUUUGGUAAUUUGAAUAACAUCGUGUAAAAUGUAAAAUGUAUCGUUUCGCUGACAUCUGCUGCAGUUCGCACCUAAUUUUCGCGCCAAUUUCGCGGAGAGCGGGAAAACGCUUUGACGAGUUUACAUGAAAGUCAGGUUUAAGAAUUCUUCGUUGAAGUUCGUUUGAUUCUUUGAGGAGUCCGGGGACUUAAUACUUUUUCAAGAAAAAGUGAAAAACUUAGAAGGUCACUAAAAGUCAAGCGGCUGUCAAGGUCAACAAGGCAAAAGGUAAAUACUUCACAAAUUCCUAUAAGUAAUUGACAUUUUCGGAAAACGCCAUGGAAGGAAAAACUUUUUCUUUUAAUACGUUUUAGAUUACAUUGAGACUUUUGAUAGAAAUGAGUAUGCAAGCUCUCAAUUAAACUGUUUUUCCAAUGAUAGCAGUUUCAUUAGAUGCGAAAAUGGUGUACGUUUGCGAUUGCAUCCCGAUUUCAAACCUCACGCUUUCGGGCAUUGCGUAAUUUUUUUCGGGCAAGAAAGUCACCGCCCCCAAAACCCAAGGGGCCCUUACGCCUAUGUACUUUACCACGAUGAGCAAACACAAUUUUUCUUACGAAAUAGAAAAUUUAUUUGAUAAAAUCAUAAACGUCAAUGGGUUCAUUAAAAAAAAUCAUAAAAUAAAUCAUACAACGUUAUAAAACUUAACAAAACAAAUAAAACUGCAACUAUAAUGUCAUAUCUUCAGCUUCAUGCUGUCCUCACUCAUAUUUAGUAAUUUGCAUUGUCACACAGAGUCAAUGCUCCUUUUACGAGUACCUAGCCAUUAACUUCCUAAAAACACCGAUCAAGACAGGUAGAUUUCUUCAAAUGGAUCAACAGGUGGUAGUGGUUCAUUUGUCGCUGUUGGCAAUUUCCUUGACUCCCGCUUUCUCCCAUCCCUUGAGGAUACAUCUCCUUCCUGGAGACUGGUGUAAGCCGACUAACAGUUUCUCUUAUUGCAGCAACUGCGUACCGGUCGUGCGGAUUAUUUUCCUCGUGAAUUGUGUCAAGCUUUUCAUUAGUCUAGGAUUCCACAGCUCUUUAUAAACGUGGAAACCGCCUAGUCCACAUGGGAAAGCGAGAUUUAAUGCGAACGAAGAAUCCAUUUCAGUUGUGAAGCUGAAAUGUAUUCAGUAGACAUCCGAUACACGUCAUAAUCGACCGUAAAAUAGCGUGAUCGUGUGAAACGGACCAGAUGGCGGAAUUUCCCAUUGUAGUCACUUUAAUUUAGCGACGAUUUAAAUUUAGCGACACUUAAUUUUGGCACAUUUUAAUUUAGCGAUAUUUUGAAAAAUCGCUAAAUUCGCUAAAUUAAAGUGUAGUACGUGUAAUAGGUGUAGUAUCAGUACGUGUGGUAGCUGUAGCACGGGUAGUAGCUGCAGCAGCUGUAGUGCGUGUAGUAGCUGGCGAGGAUGGAAUACUGCUUCCUUUCAGACUAUAUUCUCAAAAGAAGGCCAAAAAAUGCCCCCUAUGCUAUUUGUAUAAUUCCUGGGAAACAAAAUGUGUCUUCACACAUGACGUACCUACCCCCUCACCCAGUCGUCAAAAAUCCAAGAUGGCGCCUAAACAUGUUUUCACGUGACGUCACGGCGGCCAUGUUGGUGUACCCAACAAUUAAAUCCUCCGGGAAUUGAGCUAUAGCUACAAGUAUUAUCAUGCAAACGGUUUCUUUUGUUUCGGUGGAAAAACAAGGUUACUGAUCAUGUGAGUGAAAACCAAGAAUGUCCAGUGCUGUAAGGGACAGGAAAGUUGGAUCAUUUAAAUGCCGGGAAUCUUAACCUUGUUUCUGGCUGUAUGGCGGGAAGCCGGCCUGAGGGAGUGUUACAAAUGAAUGAGUACGACAGCUUUAGGUGACUUGCACAUAAAAUUAAACGUGUUAUAUCCAGGGGCAUACAGCAAAAUGUGUUUGAUAUCCAUGGAAAGGUUGUCAGUAUUAACGACGAAAAACAUUUCAGGUUAGGUGAACUUUAUCUAAGCUUUUACAAUUAUUCCACGAGCGCGCGUUGGAUGUGAGAUCAUAUGAGGUGGUAAAUAGCCAAGAAGGCGCGUAGCGUCAAGUUGGCUAUAACCAGUCUCAUAUCGAACAAGCGUGAAUAGAAUAAUUGUUUCAUUAAAUUCCUUAAACUCCAAAAGUUUGGAAGUUCGAAGAACUUCACGAAGAUGCAAUGUUGUGUUAUUACCUACAACUUCGGUUAUAAAUAGUUGUAGCACUUCGCUAGGACAGCAAGUGAAGCACAUCCAAGUCAUUAAUACCGUACCCCUCCUCCUUCAUCCCUUCAGUGUUGCCUUUGCUGGUUGGUUUUUGCACUCAAACCCAUAAACAUCAACAUUGAUGGGGAAGAGGGGGCAAAUUGCCAUCUGUGUUACAACAUUUGCGACCAAGACUGCAGUUGUCACACAACCUUGGUUAAUGCAUUUCUCGUACUCUGCUUGGGUUACUUGAUCUAGGUUAUCAGCUCAUACACCUUAGUUUGACAAAUGAUUGUGCUGAGCAUUGCUAAGCUAAAAAUUUGUUUUGUCAGAAAGCAAAAUUUCUCGCUGAAUAAAACAAAAAAGCCCCUUUUUUUGUGGAAAGUUUUGAUCAAUUCUGAUGUUUAGAAGUGCGCAAAAAGGUAAGAACUGUUUUUGUGAUGAGUCUGCGUCUGUGUGACAACCAGGUAUUACACAACAUCGCAUCUUCAUCAAGUUUUUUUCGGUUUUUUUCGAUUUUUCACUGCUAUUUCGUACUUCCAAACUUUUGGAGUGUGAGGAAUUUAAUAAAACAAUUAUUAUUCUAUUCGCGCUUGUUAGAUUAAUGAGACUGGUUACAGCCAACUUGAGGGCCAACUAUGAGGGAAUCAAUGGGAGGAAACAUUUUUCAGGUGGGGGGGGUUACCCUUAAUAUUUUCAUUAUGUGAAGGGGGGGGGAGGGGUUGAAAUUAAUUUUUGCUUAAUGAGAGGGGGGUAUGACUUAGUUUUGGGGUAUACAUGUAUUUCACCCAUUUCCCAGUUUCCCCCAAACCAGGUAAUUAUUGCACAGUCCCUUAUUCAAGUUCAGAGAAGUCUUCCAGUAUUUCAUGGAUAUUAUAAGCAUUCAGCAAACAGUGCCUUUCAGUUACUCAAGACUUUUUGAUGAAUAAAAGAAGAGGGAGUGGGCUAAUGUGACACUCUUUGACAGUAGUUUAAAACAAAACAAAUGAUUAUUAUCCAGGGAAUAAAUGGCAAUUUGUUGGAUUGCCAAGCUCUUUUACAGGUAUAAAAAGCUCCUAUCAAGAUUGUCAAAGUAUCUCUCGUAUAUAUAUUAGUCAAUAUCAAAAAUACCAUAAUAUUCUUUGUUUGUCCCUCCAAAAUUUUACAUAAGCUUUGUUUUUAUUUUCUCUUGGGACUAAUACAAUGGCCCCAAGAGAAACUCGAAACAAUACUGGUGCAAAUGUUUGGAGGGACAAACAAAGAGCAUAACGGUAUUUUUGAUAUUGGCUUAUUAUCUUCAGCACAUUACCAGGAAGUCCUUGCGAAUAGCGAUACUCAUUGUUAUGUCACCUUAAUGUGCCAACCAGAGAUCAAUAAUUAUUGGCUGUUUAAGCAAAAGAUUCUUUUGUUUUGUGGUUGGCAAAAUUUAAAUAACAAAAGAAUUGUUUCUAAACAGUGAUGUCUCCCAUAGUGUGUGCAUUCUUGGAGAUCCCAGACAACUUCUUUAAAGCUGAACUGAAGGCCAAAAUCAGCAAUUUUUGCAACAUUGUUUUUGGAAAGCCAAACAUAAGUAAAGUUAACUGUAUGGGGUUAUUUCUUCUUGUUUUCUGUUUUUGCGAGAAAAUUACGUUUGAAGUUGGGCUUUUCCUGCUCUUUCUGCCUUUUCAGUGUGGGCUCAAAAACUAAAUCAGCACGCUGCUGUGACAUAUGAUAAGGGGAAGAGAGUUUUUGUAAUCAAGAGAAACAUUCCUGUUGUGGAUAUUUUCUUCGUUGUUUUGUUGCUUCUUUGCAGACUCAAUAUUCACAACAAACGUCAGUCAAAAACACUGCACCUAUCUGGGGCGCUCUCAUAUGUCUUCGCCAUAUCAUGCGUCAUAAGCUGCAAAAAUGACAGCUUACUCGUCCAUUCUGAGCGGCAAUACUGAUGGCCCAAAAUUGGAUAUGCCAUAAAAAAAGUUGAAAACUUUGUGCAUUGUCUAAAGUGAAAAAUGCUUAUUUUUUUGCCUUCAGUUCCCCUUUAAUAGAUCGAACAAGGGUAUGACUUGGCCUAAGGCCAAUAAUUAUUGUCCUUACCCAAGAUAACUUAAGGAUGGUGCCUACUAAUGCAAAGGUAUGUUUGUGCGGUUAUUGUUAUCAAAAUCCAAAAAGAAAAUUGGGGAUAACCACGCAUUUUUCAAAGAUAAUUAAUCCACAAUAUGAGCAAAAAGCUUUUAAAUACAAAGCAAUGUAUGGCGUUCCUUUCCAAAUUAAAGCUUCAUUAUCUCUGAAAAAUGCAUGGUUACCCCCAAUUUUCUUCUUGGAUACCAAGAGCACUUUCUAAGUUCUACUUUCUCCGGAUAAAUUCAAACCGCGCGAAAACAUCCUUGCAUUAGUAAGCACUACCGAUAGGAAAGCCGAGUAUCUGGAGAUGUGCAGAACGUAUGCGCAAUAACAAUAGUACCAGUAGGCACCGUCCUUAAUAAGUCUAAUCAUUUACGGAUGUAAUUAAAAAGACCGCAUUUUUUCAGUCUCUGUAGUUUUAAGACCUUGAGUUUAAGUCCAGCUAAGAAUCAAACCUGUGAUCUCCCGAAAAAAGUCAAGGGUGCUCUCCACAAAGAAAACAAAGUGGUGUGCUACAGCUGUAUAGCCCCUUUGAGCUCAUCAUCAAAUAUUGUCGACAGGUACACAAAGAGGGGAGGAAACUUUCAGCCCUGACUCUUUUAAGGCGUGUUAUUGAUGCCUACAUUGGUGGAGGUGGUGCCAAAGACCCAAAGUUUUGUUUUCAAGCAUUGUCUGUCCUCUACAAUGUGGCAACGACUCACAUUUCACCUGGUAAUGUAAACUAAUUUUUAACUUUAACUUAUUAAUCAUGAGAAGCCAUGUAGCCUCACUUUAGUUAGGCUUCUGGAUCUUUUGAAAAUUUUGUUGACCCUCUGUCUGACUAAAUAUAAAGACGCUGUUACACUAUGAAAUGUUUCGUGCAACUUGUCUGGCAAUGUUUUGGCAACAUUGUGGCAGGACGAUUUGCACAAAACAUUUCACAGUGUAUAAAAUACCCUGCAACGGCCAAAAUCGUUGCGAGACAAGUUGCAAGAGCCGUUGCUGAAAGUAGAAUUUAAAUCUACUUUACCCCGGUACGUAUUAUAACUAAAAUGAAAUACAAAUAUCCUGAUGGCAGUAAUCCCAUAUUUUGCAUAUUAUGUACACAUACAUACUCUCAUGAUUAGAAUUCUAUGAAUGUUAUUUUGUUGUAGUAAUAUAGCCUCACUUUCUGCAUUCCUUACCCAACAAUUCAGAGACAAGAAAAAAAGCAGAGGAAUAUUUGAGGGAAUUUAUCACAAAUGAAGAGGUGCUGAAAAACCAAUAUCAUGGAGAAAUGAUGAAAACUGACUUCUAUCAAGUAUUAUCAAGACCAGGUAGUUUUUUUAUAUUUAUUUAAAACAGAGGUUUUAAGAUGCUCACUGGUGGAAAUGGAAACUUUGAAAAUGCAUUUAGUUUGAAAACUUCCUGUUCUAUUGAGGCAAGGUGGAAUGAAACUGCAGUGACGUAUAUCCAUGGCGCACCCAUCAUCGCUGCCAUUGCAAAUGCUAGUAUUAAGGUCUUUUUAGAGGAAAAUACUCUAUACAAUGUACCGGGUUAGUUCAAGGAUUUCAGAAAACCAGUCGAUGCUUGUAUGUGAAUGACCCUGGUUUAAACCUCAAUUAUUAUUAUUUUGUUUUCAGUUGUACUGAGUAUAUCAAUUCAACUCCACCACACUUGUUGCUACCUUCAUCCAGUUCCCUUUCCUAUUGAUAUGUAGGUUUAAUUUUAAAUCUCCUGGGGAUGGCAUUGAGAGACAUGAAGAGGGGAAUACCUGAAAACCAUUUUGACCACUCAAGACUUGUAACAUUUUAAGGUCCUUUUAGACGGGCUGUGUCACAGGAGUGAUUUUGUGUAGUUUUACCAAUAAUGCUACUCGUCCCUACUUGCUAUGCAACUCUUAACUUGCUUCCUUGUGUAUUUGCUGUUUUUUUCAAAGCUUCCUUCAAUGUUUUAAGGACUGUGCCUACUAUUGUUAUUGCGCAUACUUUCUGCGCAUCUUGAGAUACUUGGAUUUCUUAUGGCUGGUGCUUAUCAAUACAGGGAAAUUUUGCAUGGUUUAAAACUAUGAGGAGAAAGCAGAACUUAGGAAGUGAUCUUGGUAUCCAAAAAGAAAAUUGGGGGUAACCACACAUUUUUCAGAGAUAAUGGAUGGAUGGAUUUCAAUAGCACUUGUUAAGAUCUGCUUUUCCCAUAUAUUCAGUAAACCAGGCAAACAUACCUUUGAUGAACCAAACUUUGGGAGGGUAUGUUGGCCAUGUCAUGCAAUAAUAUUAUUAUUGUAAACACAGGAAAGCUCACAACAGGGGCUGUGUAAUGUAAAACCAAACCAGACAGUCUGGAUUCUUGUUUCUAGAUUCUUGCAGGCAAAGUAGUGGGACUAUUGGACCUGUUUGAAUGGCAUCCCCAUUGCUUUCAACCUUUGACCAAUGUCCAUUCAAAUUUGUUGAAUGAAUGCUGGUCAAACAUUGAAUCCCUUUAAAUGUGCCUUUAAGCGAUCCUUGAAGGAUUCAGCAACACAAAAUCAACUUUCAAAUCAAAAGAGGCAAUUUAAAGAACUCCCCCACUAAUCUUUUAAAAUUAUUGCAAAGAAACACAAAUUUAUGAUGCCAACACAGACUGACUGACUCGUCGACUGAAUGAAUAACUUAGAGAUGGACUGAGGCCCUGCCAGAGGGGAGGAGGGGAGGGGGGGGGACGUGUCGUUUGUCUGAAUUUUAAAAUCUCCCGUGUCAGGGUUUAAUCAAUACUCAUGUCGCUGUCUGAAAUUGAAAUGAAAUUAGUUGUCCUUGUCAGAAUUUCAGUUCUUCUGGAUUUUGUUUUUCAAUAUACUAAUAUCAUACAGGGCAAGUGUAUUUUACUUGGUGUGAUCACAUCACUUAAUGCUUAGGUGCGCAAUAAAAGACAAUACACACAACUUGGGCGUAAACGAGGGGCAGGGAAUGUACUGGCAAGGCGCGGAUAAUACCCACCGCCGGUAUGGACCACCGGAUGAGGGGCCUCGGCAACUAGCCGAGGGGGUGCCUCAUGCCUGUAUUGCAAGGCGGGCAUAGUUGCUGGCAUAAUGUCCUGGGGCCAAGUUAACCCAGUCCAGCAGAGUAACAAUAUGCCCCCUCCCUAACGGGGCUUCAGCACAGGGCUGAAGGGGUGCCGCAGGCAGCAAUUCCCCGCCCAUAGUUUAUUAAAGAGAACUAUUAACUAGGUUACAGUAUGCUCGUGAGCAAGAUACACAGGGACCAGAAAGCAAAGAACGGGGAGGGAGGGAGGGAUAAAAUGCUGAGAGAAAAACUGAACGAGUUGAACUUUGGAAAAUUUCAAGCUGAGUGGGCUCGUAUGGCGGGAAGAAUGAGAGAGCCAAAUAAGGUAGUCACGUGAUGGGAAGUCACUCCUUUCCAGGAUCUCCCCGGUAUUUGCUUACCAGCAUUAACAUCUAUUUUAUUCUAAAAUAUCAUUUAAUGCUUAGGUGCGCAAUAAAAGACAAUACACACAACUUGGGCGUAAACGAGGGGCAGGGAAUGUACUGGCAAGGCGCGGAUAAUACCCACUGCCGGUAUGGACCACCAGAUGAGGGGCCUCGGCAACUAGCCGAGGGGGUGCCUCAUGCCUGUAUUGCAAGGCGGGCAUAGUUGCUGGCAUAAUGUCCUGGGGCCAAGUUAACCCAGUCCAGCAGAGUAACAAUAUGCCCCCUCCCUAACGGGGCUUCAGCACAGGGCUGAAGGGGUGCCGCAGGCAGCAAUUCCCCGCCCAAAACGCCGAGAUAGACGAGGAGUGCCCUGUGCGAAGCCCAUUUAGUGGUUUUGCUCCCACUUGACAGGGAGAAAGAAUGACCCGAUCUCUACGAGUUGCAAUAGCGAAAAGCGAACGUUGCCUGCCCAAAGGGUGAAAGGAGAGAACCCACGAGUGGAGAUAGGGGUCACAACAUGAGCAUAAAGAACGCAAGCCAAUGGGCAUCGCACAGAGACUGGAGGGGGUAGGACCCUAGCACAAAACAUUUGGCUGGAGGGGAUAGGACCCUCAUGCAAAAUAUUUCUGUCAAAAUACUUAUUAAUCGUAGUAUGACAUGAACAUGAAAAGGGCAGAAGGCCCAAAGACAAUGUCAGAGAAAGCGGUCGAAUGGGCCUUGUUUGUAAGAAACCGGUGGCCAUCGUACAACGACUGGAGGGGAUAGGACCCUCGCACAAAACCUUCAACUGGAGGGGAUAGGACCCUCGUGCAAAAAACAUUGUUGUCAAAAUAACCAUAGAACAACAUAAACUUGAAAGGGGAAGACAGCCCCAAGCGAGAAUGUCACAGAGGGCCCUAAAGUGUUGAAUGGGCCUUGUUCCUGUUAUUGAUGUUUUGAGUUUUUUUUUUUUUUUUUUUUUCGUUUUGUUUCGUUGGUUUUGUUUUUGGUGACCACGGGUGAAAACGCUAUACGUUUGGAACUAUACAAAACCAUGAGAUGAGCGGAAAGGACCCAAACCAAUGGGCGUUCCAUAGAGACUAGAGGGGAUAAAGUCCCUCGCACAAAAACACUCUAGUAGGGUAGUCUAGCCGAAAGCCCGCAGAGGCUAAAUGGGCUUUUUUUCUUUUUUUUUUUUUUUUUUUGUUUUGUUUUGUUUUGUUUUUGUUUUUUUUUUUUGGUUUGUUUUGGGUCUGUUUUAAGGGUACUAUGGCAUUAAGCUAAGGAUAGUGAUCCCACCUAUGGCAUGUGGUGAACAGAGGAAUGGAAGGGGGGUACGUCGAAACGCCUGAGAGAAAUGGGUUGGGGGGGGGGGGAUAGCGCAGAUCUACGUGACAGAGAUUGGGAUGGGUGCAAAGAAAAUUGCUGGGGCCAUAGGUGGAAACACUAUAGGUUUAAAACUACACGAAAAUUAGGAUAAAGUUAUCCAAGCAACUACCAUAGUACAUUACUAGAUGCAAAUGUCAAUGAGACACUCUAGUGUUCUCAAAGAGUCCUGGGGGAUUUGUUAACAGGAGGAGCAGGAGGCCAGUGACUGGGGGACUUUACAUAGUGUUUCCUUGGGGGUCCUGAUGUAAACUUGGUAUGCAUUAGAUUUCCAGCGACCCAGAGUUUUGAUUAGCCAAUCAGGAAUGCCAGCGGCUCCAGCGGUCGUAGCGGCACCAAUUCUAAAACUGUGAGAGGCAUAACAGGAACUGUCAAUGUUGCAGAGGUUUAGGAGAGUCCUUAAGUUGUUGGUGAGUGAAGUCCGGGUGAGAUUGAGUCCACAGGAGAAUCUGAAUAGUGGCUGGCCAGGGUCUCGAGUUGCAGUUUGGAGCAUAUAGUCUUGCAGAGCAGUGACCGCACAUACGUCUGAGUAUGACCUUGCGAUAGUGAGCUUGGCUGUCUCCCGGAAAGGGUCAGUUUUGGACUUUUUGAUUACGAUGUCAAAUGAAAUAGGGUGAAGGAUGUUGGGGUGGAAAGAGAUGUCAGAUCUAGCGAGAUGGGACUGAGGGUCGAAAUUGCCAUUGCAGGUAAAUUCGCUGCUUCUUAAAAAGCCAAAAAAUGCAAGGGUAAAUGCAGCCCAUAGCAUAGAAGUGUCAACAUCGGAAGACUGAAAUGGUUGCAACUUAGAAUGGAUUCUAUGGAGAACCGAAGAGGUGAUCGGGUAGCGAGCCUUCUUUGCGGUGCCAUGGGAAAGUUUGAUCCCCCUCAAAGUUUUGUGAAGGACUGGCAUUGCCGAAAGGUCCAGGGGACAGCCAAACUCAAUGUGAAGGUUGUUGAUUGCUGCCAGAUAAACUUUAAUUGUGCCGUAAGAGACUGUGUUGGACAGAUGGGUAACAAAAUGGAUCAGGGUGGACUCGUGGGCAGGUAGAAAAGGGUGUUGGGGGGAAAUGAGCUUGUGGGAAAGGCAGAACUGAAUGAAAUGGCGCUCACCGGUGGAAUAUGUCCGACGGGUUGAGGUGGCGAUGGACUUGAAGAUAUAGGUGGCGGCCUGUACGGUCAAACCUUGGUCAGGAAAAGAGGGAUCAGGCAUGGAACUGGCGAUGCAUGUGGUGCGAGCCGGCGAAAGCGGGACAUCUGAAAUCGAGACAGGCUGUCAGCAAUGCCAUUGUCAACUCCAGGCACAUGUUUGGCGGUAAAAGUAAAGUUGAAGAGGAGGGUUUGGAGGGUGAUUAAACGGACGAGGUUCAUGAUGCGGGGAAUUCGGGAGGUCUUGGUGGAUAGAAUAGAGACGGUUGCUUGGUUAUCGCAAUGAAAACAAAUUCUCCUAUUGGCCCACAUGGGGCCCCAGAGCAUGCAGGCAAGGUAGAUAGGGUAAAGCUCCUGCCAGGUAAUGCUAAUGCCUGUGACAGGGUUAAGGUGGUGACCUGGAAGCCAUGAGCCUUGAAACCACUGAUUAUCGAAAAAGGCUCCAAAGCCAAUAGAACCUGCGGCAUCGGUAUAAAGAUGGAUAUCAGGGGAUUGUUCGGUGAAGGGGGGGAGAAACAGACUGACCCCAUUCCAGUGGUCAAGAAAAAGUUGCCACAUGACGACAUCUUUCCUGAACUCUCUGUUAAGGUAAAUGAGUUGCCCAGGUUUGGAGACAUUGUGGGUUAGGUUGAUUAUGCGUUGCAUGAAGGGGCGUCCGGGUGAGAUAACCUUGCAAGCAAACUGUAAAGACCCGAUGAGGGACUGGAGGUCACGCAAAACGCAGGCCCUUUUUGAGGACCAUGUGUAAAGUAGGGUGCGGGUGCGUAUUAACUUAUCCUCAGGAAGCCGAGCUUGCAUUUGGACAGAAUCAAGGGUAAUUCCCAUAAACUCCAGAACUUGGGUGGGGCGGAAGGUUUUGUUAGGGGCAAGGGGGAUGUUUAACUCGGUGAAGAGGGUAAGGAUCCUACACAGGGCUGUCGCGCAGUGGGAGGAGGGAGGUGGUUGAACGAUGAAGAAAUCGUCCAGAAUGUGGAUGAUAGAAGGGAUCUUUAGAUAGUGCUUAACUAACCACUCCAGGGAUUCAGAAAGCUGAUUAAAAAUGAAGGGGGCGCUCCGGAGGCCAAAGGGAAGGGCUUUGUCAAAGUAGUAAUGGUCUUUCCGGGCCAUUCCCAGGAGCUCCCAGUCCUCAGGGUGAACAGGGAUUAUCCUAAAGGCAGAUUGGAUGUCAGUUUUGGUCAUGAAACAGCCAGGGCCGUGUUCAAGAACCAGGGAAAUGGCAUCAUCGAUACGUAUGUAUUGGAGGGUGAAGUCUUCAAUGGGUAUACAGGCGUUUAAGCUUUCGGAGGACCCCUUAGGAUAGGAUAGGUGAAAAAUAGUACGCCAUUUUUCGCUGUUCUUCUUUGGGACAAGGCCAAGGGGGUGAAUCUGAAAGUUUUCAAAAGGGGGGAAUUGGAAGGGGCCGGCAAUGCGGCCGAGCUGAACCUCAUCAAGGAGGUUGGCCUCUAUGAUUUGGGGUUGACCGUUCGCAGAUGGAAGGUUAGAGGCGAAUCUAGAGAUACGGGGCCCCUUAUAUAUAGCCCACCCUGAAGCCAUUGGUCAAGCCUGCACAAAGGUAGGAAACAGAGUUCUGAUCGGGGUGGUGUUGAAGGAGGUCACGUAACAAAGGGACAUUAAUGGGAGUUUGGGCCUUUUGGGACUGCAAGAAACUAGCGGUGUGCUGAUUUUUUAUCGCCAUGGCCUCUAGUUUUUGAAGAGGAGUCUUCAUGGCGGUAGGAGGGGUGCUCUCCAUUACAGGUCUUACAGCGGUGAAUGAAGGGGCAUGGGUCUUUGCUGCACUGGAUUCCCCGGUUGAAGUUGAAGCAGACUCCGCGUGAGGGGGGCCUAAGGGCAGAGAGGGAGCAGCCGUAAGUGGUGUGAUCCCCACUCCCGCAGAUGGAACAGGAGGAUUUCGCUUGCCCAGUAAAUUUCAUAAGAAAAAGUUGAGGGUCCCGCUCUCCCCAAUUAACGGCGAGGUUUGUGGCUGCUUUCCGACGGAAGUCAAUGUCAUAGGAAAGCCAUGCGAAACCCGCGAACUUCCUUUGCGCUGAUCGAAUAAUCUCUUGAUAGGAAAACAUCUCUACCGCCCUUUGGGGAAAAGAAGUGAGAAGAACAGUACAAUACACAGCAAAGGCCGAUAGCCAUUUGUCGAUGGAAUCAAUAUGGGUUUUCCUUUUCCGAGAGGAAGAGGGAACACUGAGUUGUUUUCCGUCGAAGGAAAUACAUACCCCGGGAAGAUCGUUGUCUGAGAGACACAAGUUUUCUGGCAGCAAUGUGUCAAACUCAACAUACUCACCUCUUAAAAUUGCCUGUUUAACUUUGGUAGGAACAUGUGCUGAUAGCGAAGACUGUCCUUGAGAGACAGAGGGAGGGAUGUCAUUGCCGGCGCUGGGUUGGUUGAGAAGGCUGGCGACGAAGUUGGGAUCGGUGAGGUCCAAAUGCCGUGGUGUUUGUCGAGCUGUCACAGGUUGAGGUGGAGGCACUUGCGGUUGAGGCAGGGACUGAGUUGGCUGUAUAUUCUUAAGUUUUUCGUCCACGAUGGUGGAGAUAAGAGUGGCUAGCAUGGUUGGGGACGGGUCCGUGUUUGAAGCACUUCUUGCUCGGACGCCAUCUUGGAUUGGAUUAGACCGUUGCUGACUGCUUGUUUCGGGCAAAGUGUCGUCGGGAAUGGUGACAGUUUCUGGUGAAUCUACGCAGGGGAGAAAAUCCUCAGCAGCAGCACUUGAAGUAGACGGGUUCACGGUGGGGCGUGAACGUUUCUCUGCUGGUUCAGAAGGAUGGGAAACCGCGCUUCUGGUCCGCGAGCUACAAGAUGGUGCAGAUGUAUCUACAGUGUGAAGGCGUUCAAUCAAUUGUUCCCGGGUUCCAGUUAUAGGUAAAUUGUUUUGUGAUAGCAGGAGGCGUAGAACCUCGUUUGUGAGGCCAGCAAAUUCCAUAGCAGGGGAUAAAAUGCUGAGAGAAAAACUGAACGAGUUGAACUUUGGAAAAUUUCAAGCUGAGUGGGCUCAUAUGGCGGGAAGAAUGAGAGAGCCAAAUAAGGUAGUCACGUGAUGGGAAGUCACUCCUUUCCAGGAUCUCCCCGGUAUUUGCUUACCAGCAUUAACAUCUAUUUUAUUCUAAAAUAUCAUUUUAAAAAAGUCAUUUGAUGGCGAGUGAUAUGGAAAUGCCUGCAGCUCUAAAGCUGUGGGUGUUUCCACAUUUAACCAGUUUUGUGUAUGGACCACAGGGACCGCUCUGCACGCUCGCCAAUUCGCAUAUAACUACUAGUCCUCCAAUAUGGCAAAUAAAAAUGUAAUUUGACUAAAAUUUUUGGCAAAAAGUAAUAAAUUAAGAGUUCAAUUCUUAUUGACUGUAAGCAGACGGUUCGAGUUAUUUCCCCCCCCUGUUUGACAUCCAUCCAUGUCCAAUACUCAGUCUGUCAACUGGAUUCUGUCGGAAAAAACAGAAGUUCUAUUCGACCGAUUUGUUCUAUUUGGUGAAUAGAGAAAUUUUUGGACGAUCUGACAAGUAGAGUUUUCUAUCCAACAAUUGCAUCUCAUUAUUGAGAGUGACCCCUUGCAAAUUUGUCGAUUCAGCCGAUUGGUUCUAUUCGGCGAAUGGAAAAUUUUAUUUACGACCUGACAAGUAGAGUUUCGAUUUGUUCGAUUCAAUGAAUGGAAAAUAUUAUGCUCAAUCUGACAUAUUGUGUUCUCCAUCCGAAAAUUGCAUCUCAUUAGUGACAAUGACCCCUUGCAAGCUUGUCGAUUCGGCCGAUUCGUUCUAUUCGGCGAAUGGAAAAUUUUAUUUACGACCCAACAAGUAGAGUUUCGAUUUGUUCAAUUCGACAAAUGGAAAAUAUUAUGCUUGAAGUGACAUAUUGUGUUCUCCAUCAAUAAACCGAAUUUCAAAAUCAGUCAGUGAAACUGAACACCGAGGAUAAAUACAGGGAAAAGUGUAUGUAUACCUCGUUCUUUAAGCGUGAGCCACGAAAUAACAGUACUCUGCCAAUACACCGAAUUUCAAAAUCAAUCAGUGAAAAUAAACACCGAGGAUAAACACUGGGAAACGUGUAUGUAUACCUCGUUCUUAACUAACAGUACUCUGCCAAUACACCGAAUUUCUAAAUCAAUAAGUGAAAAUAAACACCGAGGAUAAACACUGGGAAACGUGUAUGUAUACCUCGUUCUUUAAAACUCUAUUUGUCGGAUCGUCCAAUCGUCUAUUCGCCAAAUAGAACGAAUCGGUCAAAUAGACAAGCUUCAACCCAGGUCCCAGAAUAUCGUGAAAUAUUUCUUAGUGUCGCUAAGCGUGAGCCACGAAAUAACAGUACUCUGCCAAUACACCGAAUUUCAAAAUCAAUCAGUGAAAAUAAACACCGAGGAUAAACACUGGGAAACGUGUAUGUAUACCUCGUUCUUAACUAACAGUACUCUGCCAAUACACCGAAUUUCUAAAUCAAUAAGUGAAAAUAAACACCGAGGAUAAACACUGGGAAACGUGUAUGUAUACCUCGUUCUUUAAAACUCUAUUUGUCGGAUCGUCCAAUCGUCUAUUCGCCAAAUAGAACGAAUCGGUCAAAUAGACAAGCUUCAACCCAGGUCCCAGAAUAUCGUGAAAUAUUUCUUAGUGUCGCUAAUGAGAUGCAAAUGUCAAAUGGAAAACUCUAUUUGUUGGAUCGUCCAAAACAUUCUCUAUUCGCCAAAUAGAACGAAUCGGUCAAAUAAAACUUCUAUUUUCUCCGAUAGAAUCUAGUUGACAUUAUUGGACAACCAUCCUGUUUGAAUGUAUACAAACAGAUAGUCGACAAACAUUUACAGCUCAAAAUUCACCUGAAUGCAGGAAAUGGCACCCAAUUUUCAACAUUUUCAAAAUGGCUAAAUCUGUUGGCUAAUGGUUCUAAAACCCUAGAUCUAUCCCUGGACCAUGUACACGUAUUAACAGGUAAUUAUAGGAAUUUGCGUGGUGUGCAAUGUGAUUCAAUAAAUCACAACAAAGAAAGAAAUGAUUUCUUGAUUUAUUUGUCCUUGCCAUGACUGCUACAUGUAUGUCAUGUACAACAAUGAAAUAUUUCUACUGUCUGCAAAUCUUAAAAUGAAGACUGCAUUGUUGUUGGUUUCGAAGUUUCCCUGCGAUUCCUGAAUCCCAUAAUGAUUGUUCAUAGCAAAUAUGCUACUCACUUUACCUAUUUCGCAAAUCACAUUCAGGGUACAAGUAAAUCACAACUUGUGUUCUUCACAGAAGCACUGGUCAAUGUCCACAGAUUUCUUUAUAACACCUAAUUUUGUGCUCAGUUGCAAAUCUAUUAGCCAGGAGGGGGUAUGGAGUUGAAGGCUGAAUCAAGGCAACAAACACCUGUAAUGCCACAAGGCUCAAUAGAUCUCAUCAGGUGUUUUUUCACGUUCUUUGACGACCUUUGAAGGACAAAGAAAAUAAACUGAUCAAAGUGACUUGUGGUGUAUUUUCAGUCUUUAAUAUACCAAACCACUGUUCCUUUGUUGCUAAUUCUCGGCCUUGACGUCACUGUCAGAAUUUUGCUGGGAAAUGAUGUCUUUCGUUGGGAUUUCAUUAAUGUUUAUGUGCUGUCGCUACCUUUUGGGCCGUGUCGCUUAUCGGAAUUUACUCUAGCAGGGCCUCUGGACUGACUGACUGACUCACAUAACUGAUUCACUUAACCAGUUGACCCCUGGGAGUGGGACUUAACAGAUUUUACUCUGUCUAACCUUAGAAGAUUUUACUUGUCAACUGGUUGCAAUUCCUAGGGCACCUGAUGAGUCAAUGGACUGGCUCACUGAUGGAACUGACCUGACCUUACACCACGCACCGGUGGCUCAGUUGGUUGAGCACCGGGCUGUCACGCGGGAGGUCGUGAGUUGAACUCCGGCCGGACCAACUCUCAGGGUCCCGUCUCACAACCCUUCAAUGUGCAUAAUCCUGUGGGACGUAAAAGAACCCGCACACUUGUCGUAAUGAGUAGGGCACGUAGUUCCCGAUGUUGUGGUCUGUCUUCUGUUGUGUAUCAUGGUUGGGAGGGUAAAUGCUUGGAGAUAUUAGCUACACCAAGCUACUCUAAAAAUCUGAGGGUAAAUAAAGAUAUAUGAUGUAUGAUAUGAUGAUGAUAUAUGACCUACCGACUCCUCUAUGCCUAACUGACUGGCCAACAGAACUGAUUGACUGACUGGUAGACCGACUGACCAACCAGUCCACCCAGACUAUUUCACUGAAUAGCCUGUUUUCCUUCCUUACAACUGACUGGCAGUACAGUCUGGCUUUGGGCUUCCAGGCUGCGUGAGCGAGUGACUUUCUAGGUGGCUGUUUAUGACUGAUUGACUGACUUAUAACAUAUGAUCAUGGCUAACUGUUGCAUUGCUGUAUUAAUUUUGUAUGAAUAGGAAAAGAGAUGCCAAUGAUAAUGGAAUUACUCCUAAUAACAUUGUAGGUUUAAAACUCUUGAUUACACUGUAUUGUUGUAGCAAAUCAUGUGAUGCAAAAGUAUAACUACUUAUAAUAGUUUAUCCAGUUGUACCAUUAUUUCAAAAGCCCUGUAAAAAUAAGAACCAGUAAAAAUACAGACCACUUUCUUGUUUAUCUUAUGUCAUUUAGCAUUCAAAUCAAAGCUUCAACAUUGAUCCCCACACAAGGAGACACAAAUUAGUUUGGGGAUAUAAACUUUUUUGUCUUUGGUUUUUAGAAUUCCCCUCCCCAAUGAUAAAGGCCAUUGAAAUACCCCAUCAUAGGUCCAUUUGAGGUGAUUUAAUCAAGAAAACAUAGUAGUCUUUUGAUAUUAAAUUAAGGACACAGUGUCACUGUGUUCACAUUUACAGUAAUUUUAGUGUUUUUAGUAAAACACUUAAAAUAGCACUUGAUUCAGUGACAUUUCCAACAACCCAAUGAGAUAAUAGCACAGUGACUCUGUUAUGUCCAGAAACUCAAGCAAUUCGAUGCACACAAAUUUCAAUAAGUGUCACAUUAAGUCACCUUGCUCUUCUCCCCAACCUCAACAUUACUCCCGUCUAUGAUUCAGUGUCACAGAAUUAAAAUUGUUCUAAGAUCCCAUAGUUAUACAUGUAUAUUUGCUGUUUUGCUCACUGUAUGCAUCAGUAAACGAGAUGCCUGCCCCUGCUACUGUGUAGUGUUUUUGAUUUAUUAAGAUUAGUUACAAAAUGUUUUGUAAUCAUUUAAUUGUGAUUAGAUUAAUGAGAUUUUCUGCCCCAUCAGUAAAAUACAGUUAAUGGAAGGUGACCAUACUAAAAGGGUUAUUCAUGCUGCGAUAGUUUUUUUUAUUUAUAUUUUUUAUUCAUUUAUUUAUUUUUUAUUUAUUUGCAACACAACAAUACAACAAUGAACAUAAAGAAUAAAAUCAACUAAUAACAAACAGAAUACUAUACAAGUCGCACGUACUAAAGUUCAUAUUUAUAUAUAUAUAUAGAAACAUAACGAUUAAGACGGGGGGGCUUAGUAUCAAACAGAAGACCACUUUUCAAGUUUCCAUUGCCAUUCAAUUUUCCUCUGUAAUUCUACAAAGUUGGGCAUCUUAGAAAGUGUUUUACAAGUGUAUAAAUAAUAUUUGGUGUAUAGAAGGAGAAUAUCUAGUCUGCAUUCUUGGGCGUUCAUCAGUUUGCAUUUUAUGUUGCGAUAGUUAUCUUCGUGUUCUUUGUAGUUGGCCGUUCAAGGUCGUAAAAUCAAUGGUCUUGUUGUAUGUUAAACGAGGACAUAAAAACUUUGUUCCUAGAUCUCAGAUUAUAACGUACACCUGCAUUGGCCAAAUCUGUUAAGGCCUCAUUCAUUACUGCUACAGAGCACGUGAAAUACCUACCUGCUACAUAGUAGAGCCUGUGCAACUGGCUACUUUAAUAGACAGGGUCUAGCUAUAAAAGCCUCAGUUUGGUGUCCAAGGUUCACUUGGCAGUUUGUCUUCUAUAGUAAACCAACUAGCUGUUUGCAAUUUGUUUAAAGUUUUUCCCUUCCCUCCCUCCCCUUUGGAGAUGGGUUGGAUAUAUCGCUUUGCCUUCAUUAAAAUGGGGUCACUCCUGUGUGGUGCAGUUAAGUCUGCGCAUCAACUUCCCCAAGCUUGUUGGCUCGUUUGCCUUUGUACAUUGCUUACUCGCUAACCAGUUCUCUUGUCUGAUUCAGCACAUGCUGUUUGCCUCUCAGCUUGUAGUGCUGGGGAGAUAAGUGAGGUUGUUCUACACUGUAUGUCGCGCAAUCUGGAAGUCGCAUAGGCUAACCAGCCGCAAGACAUUGUUCCCCUCAAAAAAUGCCAAUACGUCUGUUGUCUCGUUCUAUUGUGCCUUGCGUUAUGUGUUUAAAAGCUAAUUAUGUUGAUGAGAAGGAACAGUGACUUUAAUAAGAACUUGAUGCCUUAGUGGUAUGAAGAGAGGAGUAGGGACCAGCAUUGCAAUCUAGCAGCAGCCAAGACUGGUGUCGCAGAGUCAGGUGUGAACAUUUUUAACAAUUUAGGGUUUGUCGUUAGUUUGCAAUGUGAACUUGCAUCCAAAAAAUAUACUCAUAGUACUUGAUGACACUAAGGUGAUGGCAAUACCCUCUUCCUCAAUCAGGCCGUAAUUCCUCUUGGCCAAGUUCAAGGACCUCAGGCACAAGGAAUAGGUCACUCAUGACCAUUUGGAAGGCAGUGAAGUAUACCAUACUAGUUUGCAUUAGUCUCAAAAAUUACAGUUAUUUGGGUCAUAAUGGACCAGAACAUUUGAAGAUGAGAGUGAGUCCUCGGUAUUGUUGAAUACCUUUUCACACUGCAGGGACCACUUGUUGUUUCAAAGAAGCUGAUUGAGUGAUUGGUGGUUUGACAUUAACGACAGUCACCACAUGAAUGCGUGGUUUCAUCCACCUUGGGAGCAUUAACCAUGGGGGCUUGCCCAUUGCUGAAUUCGAUACUUUCAACGAUUCCUUCAGAUUGCAGAUGGUUGUAUUCAGGCCGGGCCCUUAACAGCUUCUUAGGGGGUGUAUGGUGUCAGCCUGGUGCAGCAAAACUUGGGGUGUGUCUCUGGUUUCAUCUGUAACUUGGCUUUUACAUCUUUGAUUGUGCCAAGGCCUUGCUUAAUUAAUUAAUUAAAGACGUUGUGGUAGGUCCAGAUGGUGGUGUACAGUGUGGAUGCUACGUGACAUGGGGGGCCUGUAUCAGAUACACACAUAUUACAGAUCUUCUUCCAGUCAAUCUUUACUCUAGAUAUCCAUUCUCUUCUGAAAAGAUGUCCAGAGCCUAAUUGACCACAAGAAGGAGAACAUCAGCACUCUGGUCUCACACACUUGAAGUGUAUGUGAAUUGGUCUGGUUGUCCUGUGUAGGUGUGUACUCAUGUACUGGACAGCAUAACGGUGGGUACCCUGCUGAUGAGGCGAAGCCAAAUGUUUGAGGGUAGCGGGCAAACAUUUGUGAUACUCUUGCUGUCUCAUUGUAUGCAGUUGUGGAAUCUGUAUCUUUCAACAAUGACAAGUUUCUUUGCUCCUAUGUAAUUCCUUAGGGUAGUACAUUGCGAGCUGUGUGUACGUCUUAUCAGAAGGAGCAUUCAGAGAGGAAGUCUUUGGCCUUUGUACCAAUAACAGAAAUGAGGAUUGCUCUUCAGUUGUGUGAACCUGAAGAAUCCCCAGGAAUGCUCUUGGUAACAAGAUAAAGUUCUAGUUACUGGAAGUAGCAACAAAUGCUAGUGGAAGCUGGAUUUAAAUAUUCUCUCUUGCCCAGGCCUGGCAUAAUCCCGUUCUCAUUGCCAGAAGGGUUAUUUCCUGUUAGUGGUGUGAAAUAAGUGUCUUGUUCAACCCAUUAUUUGGCAUUUAAACCUUAAAUAAUAUUUAUUUUAUAGUUUGUAACUCAACAGUAACUAUACAUGAGGUCUAAUAUACAAGCUCUAUUAUACAAGAUUGUUUCAAACAUUGGCUGGCUAAUCAGUGAUAAAUGAACAAAAAAGUACCAUCUAAAAUAAGCUGCUUUUGCAUUCAAUUAAUUAUAGCUCCUUAAUUGGGUUGACAGAUUCCCAAGAGAGUUGAUAACAUUCCAUUUCAAAAUCCCUUUAUUUGUCACAGGACACUGCAUAUUCACACGGAGAUCGUUAUUCUCAGUUGCAAGGUAUGUAAAAGUUAAAUUGUUUAAAAUACCAACUCACAAAUUUACAAUUGGAGGUUAUGGCAGUUUUAUAAGAGGAAUCCUUAUUAACAGUUUGGAUGUAAUUGUUUUUAGAUUCCUCCAGUGGAAGCCGAUCUUAUGGCAACACAGAAGAAGAGGUAAGUGUUUUGGUGGCUUAUAAAUUCCAAGUUCAGAAUUAUCGCCCUAUCUCUGUGCUGCCCGUUUUGAGCAAAAUCAUUGGAAGAGUUGUACACACACAUCUUGAGUAUCUUUCUAGAUCAGCUAGGCUAUCUGUGCAAACAUCAGCAUGAAUUUAGGAGCAGCCACAGUACUCAACAAGCUAUCACUCAAGUAAAUGACUGGGUCCUAGAGGCCAUGGAUGGCGGGAAAGUCACUGGCCUAUUGUUUAUCAAUAUUUCAAAAGCAUUGAUUCCCAAAUCCACAAAGUUCUCCUGGUAAAGCUGGAGUCUUUAGGGUUGUCGCCAAGAUCAUUGAGAUGGUUCAGAUCAUACCUUGCAGAUAGGUGCGAAAGUGUGUUGAUAAACGGCGAAUUAUCUGAUUUUAGCCCUAUCACACAUGAUGUUCCACAAGGAAGCAUUUUGGGUCCCUUGCUGUUCAAUAUGUACAUUUAUAGCCUGUGAAAUGCAGUGCAGAACGCUCGGGUGAUUCUGUACACUGAUGAUGCAGACUGUGCUAACAUGUGCUGCGUCAACCUCCUUAGAUCUUCAGGCGGCUUUAGUACAUAAUUUCAAAUUGACACGCGACUGAUUCACAGAAAACAAACUGACCAUAAACGUGAAUAAGACCAAAUUCAUGCUUGCUGGGAGUAAAACAAAGCUGCUCUUAUUUGAUUAUUUCAAGUUACAACUGGAUGGUACACAAGUGACUAUACUUGAGCUCUAUAAUAUACAAGCUCUAUUACACAAGAUUAUUUCAAACAUUGGGUGGCUUAUCAGUGAUAAAUGAACAAAAAAGUCCCAUCUAAAAUAAGCUGCUUUUGCAUUCAAUAUAAUAGCUCCUUACUCGGGUUGACAGAUUCCCAAAAGAGUAAAUAACAUUCCAUUUUAAAAUCCCUUUAUUUGUCACAGGACACUGCAUAUUCACACGGAGAUCGUUAUUCUCAGUUGCAAGGUAUGUAAAAGUUGAAUGGUUUAAAAUACCAACUCACAAAUUUAGAAUUGGAGGUAUGGCAGUUUUAUAAGAGGAAUCCUUAUUAACAGUUUGGAUGUAAUUGUUUUUAGAUUCCUCCAGUGAAAGCCAAUCUUAUGGUAACACAGAAGAAGAGGUAAGUGUUUUGGUGGCUUAUAAAUUCCAAGUUCAGAAUUAUCGCCCUAUCUCUGUGCUGCCCGUUUUGAGCAAAGUCAUUGAAAGAGUUGAACACACACAUCUUGAGUAUCUUUCUAGAUCAGCUAGGCUAUCUGUGCAAACAUCAGCAUGAAUUUAAGAGUGGCCACAGUACUCAACAAGCUAUCACUCUUGAAAGUAAAUGACUGGGUCCUAGAGGCCAUGGAUGGUGGGAAAGUCACUGCAUGGCCUAUUGUUUAUCGAUAUUUCAAAAGCAUUGAUUCCCAAAUCCACAAUGUGCUCCUGGUAAAGCUGGAGUCUUUAGGGUUGCCGCCAAGAUCAUUGAGAUGGUUCAGAUCAUACCUUGCAGAUAGGUGCGAAAGUGUGUUGAUAAACGGCGAAUUAUCUGAUUUUAGCCCUAUCACACAUGAUGUUCCACAAGGAAGCAUUUUGGGCCCCUUGCUGUUCAAUAUGUACAUUUAUAGCCUGUGAAAUGCAGUGCAGAACGCUCGGGUGAUUCUGUACGCUGAUGAUGCAGACUGCGCUAACAUGUGCUACGUCAACCUCCUUAGAUCUUCAGGCGGCUUUAGUACAUAAUUUCAAAUUGACACGCGACUGAUACACAGAAAACAAACUGACCAUAAACGUGAAUAAGACCAAAUUCAUGCUUGCUGGGAGUAAAACAAAGCUGCUCUUAUUUGAUUAUUUCAAGUUACAACUGGAUGGUACACAAGUGACUAUACUUGAGCUCUAUAAUAUACAAGCUCUAUUACACAAGAUUAUUUCAAACAUUGGGUGGCUUAUCAGUGAUAAAUGAACAAAAAAGUACCAUCUAAAAUAAGCUGCUUUUGCAUUCAAUAUAAUAGCUCCUUACUCGGGUUGACAGAUUCCCAAGAGAGUUAUAUAACAUUCCAUUUUAAAAUCCCUUUAUUUGUCACAGGACACUGCAUAUUCACACAGAGAUUGUUAUUCUCAGUUGCAAGGUAUGUAAAAAUUGAAUAGUUUGAUUAAAAUACCAACUCACAAAUUUACAAUUGGAGGUUAUAUUUAUGCCAGUUCUAUAAGAGGAAUCCUUAUUAACAGGUUGGAUUUAUUUUUUUUUAGAUUCCUCCAGUGAAAGCCAAUCUUAUGGUCUCACAGAAGAAGAGGUAAUUAUUUUGGUGGCUUAUUGAUCAGCAGCAUUGCUAAAACAUGGGUCAGAAGGUCAAGGGUAAGUGUCAGAGGGUCGAAGGGCCAAGCAUAACCUUGGGUAAAUGGUAAGAGUAUAUCACAUGUCCAUGGAAAGUGUUUAAAACAAAAUAAACUGCCGGUUUUGUUAUGAAAAAAACUCCUGGUCUGACAUUGAUGGCUUUUUCAGGAAUUUGUUUUUAGCAAUAAUUGUUCACAUCAAGAACAUUUGCACUUCAUCUCGUUUGAAACACAAUUUUACCACAAGUUUCAUGCCGCUGAAGGCAUGCAGUGGAACGUGGCAAUGUGGCCAUCAGUCAUCUAAAUCAUGUCAUAUUAGACGACCAAUUAGGUCAUGCUAAGUCACCACGGUAUCAUUGCCACGUGGUAACGUCUUCACCAUACUGGCAUGGCUGGCAGAAUCAUUCCAGUGACCACUGAACAGAUUUGCGGUGAACAUCUGGUUUUGUUAUGGAGUCUUUGAUAUCUGAGGUAAAUAAAAAAUAAAAGGUAAAAAAGGAUGUGAUCAUAGGUUCAUAGUGCAAGCCCGUUGGUAAAGGUAGUAUUGAAAACAGAAACUUGUUCUUUUUUUGCUCACGAUGACUCACUAUUUCAUUGCCUCUUUACUUAUUUUUGAAAUACACAUGACAGUUUUGGACCAUUUCUGAGUAUUUUGAAAAUACAAUACACCCGGAAACUACUAGAUUAUUUUCACAAUAAAGUGAAGGGGCAGGAGCUUCUGUAGGAGACUCGGUUGUUCUGAGUUUGAGGCCUCAAAACUAAAAGGCAAUAUUAAUUAAAUACCAAAAAUGUAAAACUUUAUUUAAAUAAAGUGGUCUUUUGUCUGUUAGAUUUUAAUUAGUUGACAAUGACAAAAGUCUGGCUUCUGAAGUAAGCAUUGGAGGACUAAUUUAACUGUUUUCCUGAGUAGAAACUCACCUGCCUUACGCAUAAAUGUUCUGUUUAACAUAACUGCGUCAUUUACACAUUGCAUGUUGUGAUGUUGAUUAAUGGUUUACUUAUAAGUGAGUUGUCACCUUUUAUGAUAGUAUAGUUGUUCAAGGUACCGUUGUAAUCCUGAUGAAGAAAACCCUAAAAUUAUUGUUUCAUUUGAACUUGCAAGGUGUCCAUUAGUUAUUCUAUAGAGUGGCUGUAUUGUACCUUUUAAGCAGCAUUAAGCUCUUGUGACAUACUUCGCAGUAUGUUCAAUUUUCAUCAUAAGGCUGUUUUAGUCAUGCUGGUCUUUACCUUUGACCCUGAUCUGACCCGUGUUCUACCAACACCAUAUUCAUCAGGGACGCAUCCAACCGUAAUCUUUGUUGAAUUAUGUGUUUGAGAGAGUCAAACUAUUCAAAGGAUUAUCUCGGUUUUAUGUUGCCAAACAGCUAUGGAUUUCUGUACUGAAACAUCACCCAAAAGAUUUGCAACCAGGAAAAAGUAGUCCCUUACGUUUUAAGAUAGGAUAUUUUUGCAAUUUUUGGCUAUUAAAAAGGUCACCUACCACCUACCGGAUGAGCAAAUGGUUUGAUGGGAAGUUCUUAAUAGAACAUAAUUACUGUUCAAGUAGAUAUUUAGGUUCCCUAAAAUUUUUGGACUCUUCAAUUUUCAGCUAAGAUAUCUGAACAGACGCACGUGGUGACGGACGGGUGAGACGUAUUUUUCUGAGCUCCCCAUUUCUUUGAGUUCUAAACGUUCUAAAACAUGUCAGGUAAAUCAAAAAAAGGCCAAAAGAAGCCGUCAAAUCAAUCUGCUAAUCAGACGGCAGCAGAACAAGCGGAAUUAUCCGAAACCGAAGAAAGUGUGUCUUUCCGGGAUGGCAACGAAGCAAUAAACAUGGCCGCCGGUCUUCAGGAUUUUGAAGUAAUUCUGACAAGACGGUUGAAGGAGCAAUCUGAGUCUAUUCACGAUAUGAUGCUUAAGUACUUCAAGCUUUACAAAGAUGAUAUAGACGAAAUUAAACGAAGCCAAGCUUUUGUUGACGCCAAAUUCGAAAAGGCUAAGAAGGCAACUGAAGAUCUAACUUCGGAGAACCGGCGCCUGAGAUCAGAAGUAGAUGCCCUGAAAGGGCAGCUUAAACAGUGCGAAAUUAAGCUGGAGGAAGUCGAAAACGACAGCGAGGCAUUAAAGCAGUAUCUUCGUCGUGACAUGUUGGAAAUACAUGGCGUGCCUACGCGACCUGAUGAAGAAACAGACGAUCUUGUGUGUAAGCUUGUGGAGUUGGUUGAUCCUGAGCUUGAGAUCUCGUUGGCCGACAUUUCUAUCAGCCAUCGUCUGCCAAGUAGAGAAGGCCGAAAUGCCCCUCCAAUAAUUGUAAAGUUCUGUCGUCGUAAUGUCCGUGACCGUUUGUUGAGCAGAAAGAGAGAGAAGGGAGUAAGACAGCUAUGGAUCUUGGUUUUACCGAAGAGUUUGACUUGUAUAUCAACGAGAGCUUGACCCAGAAGAACCGCGAGCUUUUGGCUAAGGUUAAAGAGUUCAAGAGGGUAAAUCACUUCAAGUUUGCCUGGACAAAGAAUGGCAAAGUUUUGUUGCGUAAAGAUGAUAACCCAGCAUCCCAAGUCUAUUCUUUUAUGUCUAUGGCAAAUUUUGAGGAGUUCAAGAACUCAAGACAAAGCUAAGUAUCGGGCUAUAUACAUUGACAGUUAAUUAUUAGCCAGUGAAGCCAAAUGGCUUCUGACUCUGAGCUCCCUGAGCCUGAGCUCCCUUUUUCUCAUUUAGGCAUUUAGGCAAUAACGAUUUUAAUAUUGCUUUAUAUGAAAUGACGCAUGGACCUCUACAUUAUGAUAGCGAACGAUUAAGCUCUCUUUUGUACAACCCAAUUGAUAAUUCGUCUGUCUCUAAUCAGUUUUUCUUUAAUGAGUUAGAUCCAGAUCAACAGUUUACUUUUUCUCCUCCUCCUAGUAAUUAUUAUACUGAGGAUGAAAUUAAUGCUAAGCUAACUAAUAGUUCAAAUUCUCCUUGCUUCUCUGUAUUUCAUAUUAAUACACGAAGCCUAAUCGGUCAUUUAGAUAAAUUUAAAUUCCUGCUUAGUCAUUUGCAAAAUCCAUUUUCUGCCAUAUGCGUAUCGGAAACCUGGCUAACUGAGCUUACGUCGGACCAGGUGGAAAUACCUGGAUAUAAAUUUAUUUCGAACCACCGCGAUAGCAAGUCCGCCGGUGGAGCAGGUCUUUAUUUACUUGACGAUUUAGAAUACAAAUUAUGCCGCGAUUGUAAUUAUUCUGAACCUGAAGUGAUCGAAACUCUUUUUGUUGAAAUUAACAUUCCCAAUGGGAAAAAUAUUAUAGUUGGUACUGUUUAUCGUCCGCCUAAUUAUAACACUCGGGACUUUUUGGACAAAUUUAAUGAGAUUCUUGCUAAAAUAACUAGAAAUGACAAAUAUUGUUAUUUGGGUGGAGACUACAAUAUAGAUCUGUUUCACUAUUCCGAUCAUGCCCCUACUCAAGAAUUUGUUGAUAGUCUAUUUUCCCAUAUGUUCAUUCCUCUAAUCAAUAGACCGACUCGGAUCACUGCUCAUUCGGCCACACUUAUUGAUAAUAUAUUCACGAAUAAUGUAAGGUGUAAACAUUUCAAUGGUAUUGUUAUUAAUGAUAUUUCUGACCAUCUACCGGUUUUUGUUUAUGAAGUGGAUGAGACAGAAAUAGCGUCGAAAAAAAUAGCCAAACUAAAUAUCUCACUAAAAGAGAUUUUUCAGAAAGAAAUAAGAGCAAUUUUCGGCUCUCUCUUUCUCGUGUUAAUUGGAAUUUACGUUUCGAUGAAAGCGAUACUAAUGAAUGUUAUAAUAGUUUUGUGAGUGAGUAUGUUCGAUUAUACAAUGAAAGCUUUCCAUUAAAAACGAUAAAACUUAAAACAAAGAAAGUAAUGCGCUCCCCUUGGAUAACGCAAUCUCUGCUUGUUUCUAUCAGGAAAAAAGAUAAACUCUAUAAGCAGUUCAUUAAUUCUAGGGACUCAACUACUGAGUUAAAAUACAAACGCUAUCGGAACAAACUGAAUCAUCUUAUAAAAAUUGCUAAACGAAAGUACUAUGAUACAAAAUUUGAGAAGGCUAAAAAUAACCUGAAAGAAACUUGGAAACUAAUCAAUGAUGUAAUCAACAAACCGAGCAGAAAAGCAGCUCUGCCAAAUUCCUUUUUCUCUGAUGGAAAACUGUUAAAUGAUCCACAAGAAAUAGCUAACUGCUUUUGUAAGUUCUUCACCAACAUAGGUCCGAAUUUAGCAAGGAAAAUUCCAGACACACAAGUAUCUUUUCGUAGUUUUCUUGGCGCUUCUGUUAAUGAGUCGCUUAUCUUAAAUCCAACUAAUAUUUCGGAACUAAAUCAAAUAUGCAACUCUUUUAAAUCUGGAAAGUCGCCUGGAUAUGAUAACGUUUCAAUGGAUAUAAUAAAAAGCACCUUUGAUCUCAUUUCUCAGCCUUUGGCCAAUGUAAUCAAUUUGUCUCUUAUUAAAGGAGUAUUUCCUGAUGAACUGAAAAUUGCUAAACUGAUUCCGGUAUUUAAAGCUGGUGAUUCCCAGUAUUUCACUAACUACCGUCCAAUUUCGCUUCUUUCUAAUUUUUCUAAAUUCUUUGAAAGAGUUAUGCACAAUCGUAUUACAAAUUUUUUAGAUCGUUUAGAUAUCUUAUACUGUUGCCAAUUUGGAUUUCGUAAAAAAUAUUCUACAGCGCUGUCUUUAAUUCAUCUUAUUAAUAAAAUUGCAACUGCUAUUGACAGAAGCGAAUAUACAGUUGGCAUAUUCUUAGACUUAUCAAAAGCAUUUGAUACUUUAGACCAUCAAAUACUCUUGUCUAAGCUUGAGCAUUAUGGGAUUCAUGGGCUAGCACUUAGCUGGUUGAAAAGCUAUUUGUCAAAUCGCGUGCAGUUCGUCCAGUACAAAGAGACUUGUUCUAUUAGGCUGACUCUGAGCUGUGGAGUCCCUCAAGGUUCUAUAUUAGGACCAUUAUUGUUUGUUUUGUAUAUCAAUGACCUCCCUUGUGCUACUCGUCUUGCUGAAACUAUGCUUUUGCAGAUGAUACUAGUGUGUUUUAUUCUAAUCCCGAUUUAAAUUGUGCUAUUUCUGCCGUAAAUAAUGAUUUAUCUCAAAUUGAUCUUUUUAUGAAAGCAAAUAAGCUCUCUGUUAACAUAACGAAAACUAAUUAUAUCAUUUUUGCAGC